AUGGCAUCCAACAGCUUCUCGCUGGCCAGCAAGGUCAAGCUCCCCUCGGGCCACCUAAUUCCGCAGAUCCAGUUGGGACUGUACAUGAUGUCGGGUCGCGAGGUGCUCGCCGCGGUGCCGUGGGCGCUGGCGGCGGGGUACCGCGGCUUUGACAGCGCGCAAAUGUACCACAACGAGGCCGAGGCGGGCCGGGCCAUUCGGAAAUUCCUCGAGGACGCCGAGCAGAAUACCCAAGGUUUGGACCGGCAAGACGUUUUUUACACGUCCAAGCUCGCCAGCAACAGCGAGUCGUAUAAUACCGUUCGUCGCAGUAUCCGUAAGAGUGUCGAGGCUGCUGGCCUGGGGUAUAUUGAUCUCUUUCUCUUGCAUUCGCCGUACGGCGGGCCUGAGGCGCGGAUUACGAGUUGGAAGGCUGUCGAGGAUGCGAUUCAGGAUGGUGAGGUCAAGAGUGGUGGUGUGAGCAAUUUUGGAGUCCGGCAUAUUGAGGAGCUCAUGGCCUCGAACCCACGGAUCAAGCCUUCGGUCAACCAGAUCGAGGUCCAUCCCUUCAACACGCAAGAGGAGAUCCGCGCCGUCUGUGCAAAGCAUGGCAUCGUCGUUGAAGCCUAUGGCCCUUUGGCCAGGGCGAUGCGCAUGAAGAAUCCCACGAUCCUCGCGCUUGCCAAGCAGUACUCGUGUACUCCAGCCCAACUCAUGGUCCGGUGGUCGCUCCAGCAUGGCCUGGUGCCACUUCCCAAGAGUGCAAGAAAAGAGCGCCUGGUCGACAACGUCAAGGUCGGCCACUUUGAGAUUUCAGAGGAAGAUAUGGCUAAAAUGGACGCCUUGGACGAAGACCUGGUCACAGAUUGGGAUCCAACCGAUGCACCCUAA